ACUGACGUUUGAUGUUAACAAUGAGAAAAGUAAAGAUUGUGAAUCUUUAUCAUAGUUUUACAGUAAAUGUAUUUGAAUUAUAAUCAGAUUAUUAAGUAUGGCGGUAAUAUAUUGAAGCUUUGGUAAUACUUUUUGUAACAUGAAGCUCAUAUAUAAAAAUAUUGAGAAGGAUGGCUGUGGGAGUAUCGGCCUCGUACCAGAGGAAUCAGAGGACAUGUGGCAUGCCUACAAUUUAAUCGCAGAGGGUGAUGCAGUGACUGCUUCGACGGUACGAAAAGUACAAACUGAGUCAUCUACUGGCUCCUCCACUAGUAAUAGAGUAAGGACUACUCUUACCAUUAGAGUCGAAAGCAUAGAUUUCGACACACAAGCAUGUGUUUUGCGUCUAAAGGGACGCAACAUAGAAGAAAACCAAUAUGUGAAGAUGGGUGCCUAUCAUACAUUAGAUUUAGAACAAAACAGAAAGUUCAUUUUACAAAAAGUUCUGUGGGAUUCAGUUGCUUUAGAUCGGGUGGAAGCAGCAUGUGAUCCUACUGCUACAGCUGAUGUAGCAGCUGUUGUUAUGCAGGAAGGCUUAGCUCAUGUCUGCCUCAUCACACCAUCUAUGACAUUAGUUAGAUCUAAAAUUGAUGUUACAAUUCCAAGGAAAAGAAAAGGAUUUGUUCAACAACAUGAAAAGGGUCUUAACAAAUUUUAUGAUGCUGUUAUGCAGGGUAUAUUACGGCAUAUUGAUUUCAACAUUGUUAAAUGUGUAAUACUUGCAUCUCCAGGAUUUGUUAAAGAUCAGUUUUUUGAUUACAUGAUGCAGCAGGCUAUUAAGACUGACAACAAACUGCUUAUUGAGAACAAAGGAAAGUUCUUAUUGGUAAAAGCGUCAUCUGGAUUCAAACAUUCUUUAAAAGAGGUACUUCAAGAACCAUCUGUAAUGGCAAAGAUAUCUGAUACAAAAGCAGCUAGCGAAGUGAAAUUACUAGAGAGUUUUUAUACAAUGUUGCAGUUGGAACCAGCAAAGGCAUUUUAUGGCAAGAAACAUGUUGAAAAGGCAAAUGAGGCGCUUGCUCUUGAGACACUUAUGAUCUCUGACAAAUUAUUUAGGUGUCAAGACAUUUCGAAAAGAAAGGAAUAUGUAGCUCUCGUAGACUCGGCAAGGGAAAACGGCUGUGACGUCAGGAUAUUUUCAAGUAUGCAUGUAUCUGGUGAACGUAAGUAAAAUCCAUAUUUCUGUAGUAUAUCUUAAAAGUUAAAACCAGUUAUAUAAUAUUUUACUUGGUUAUAGGACUUCUUUAUGUGGUAGAGUCAAGCUGGAAUUAUGUAAUGGUUGUAGUAUGAAUGGGUUGGCUUGACCAGGGAGGACCAUACUCGCACAGAAUACGAGUUUAAAAUAGCAGCUUAUUUUUGCUGUUUCUUGUGUAGAGUGUAAAAAACCGGCGAUCCUUUUUGCUGGAAAUCUGGCAUUCCAUCUGUCUUCAUGGUUGACAAUGCAUCGGCAUAAUGAUUUCUUAUAUUUACGCGAACACUACACAUUGAAUAAAACUAUUUUUUACGGAUUUUAUCGCGUUUAAUUGACAAUUUUAAUUCCCGACGUUUCGGGUGCUUUAAAGCAACCCCACGUGACCAUGGGGUGAGACGAUCAGACUGGGGCCGCUACUGUGGAACCUCGCCUAUGACGCGGUUCUGCGAGUUGAACUUCCCGCUGGCGUAGAUAUCGUUUGCUAUGCCGACGACACGUUGGUGGUUGCCAGCGGGGCCAACUUCGAGAGGGCCAAAGAGCUCGCCGAGCUUGGGGCGGUAGUCGUCGUCGCCAAAAUCCACGAGUUGGGAUUAGAAAUAGCGCCUCACAAAACCGAGGCGCUAUGGUUCCAUAAAUUACGUCGCGGCUGGGAACCACCCGACUCGUGCGUCCGCGUAGGUGGGUCUGAAGUCCAAGUGGGGUGGUACAUGAAGUACCUAGGCCUCCACCUGGACAAUCGAUGGGGCUUCGAAGAACACUUCGGGCGCCUUGUCCCCCGAAUUGAAAGGGCAGCGGGUGCUAUGCAUAGACUGCAGCCCAAUCUAGGGGGACCAAGGGAAGAAGUGCGUCGCCUCUAUGCAGGAGUGAUACGGUCCGUAGCCUUGUACGGGGCGCCUGUUUGGGCGAAAAGGCUGGCCAUCCAACGCUGUAGAGCUAAAAUUUACAGGGUGCAGCGGAGGAUGGCCAUACGGAUCGAGUCAGGAUACCGCACAGUAUCCUUUGAGGCGGCGACACUCCUGGCUCGCUUCCCACCUCUGGACAUACUGGCGGACAUGGAUGCGAGGGUGUACGACUGGACGCGUGUCCUCCGCCAGAGCGUUGGGAGUGAGCCAGAUGAGGUGUUCGAAGGGGUCAAGCGGCAGGAACGAAUUAACGCAUUCGAAACGUGGCGCGCUCGCCUCUCUGAAGAGCGUUAUGCGUGUAAACGCGUUGUUGGAGCAAUCCCGCCGCACUUUGAAGCCUGGAUGCAUCGAAGAACAGGAAGACUCACCUACAGACUUACACAGAUUAUGACCGGGCACGGGUGCUUCGGUGAUUAUUUGUGUAAGAUUGGACGGGAAGCGACGGCGAACUGUUUCCACUGCGGUGGGCAGGAACAGGACUCCGCAUCCCAUACGCUGGCAACAUGCCCAGCGUGGGAACGGGAACGGACGGUCCUGGUAAGCUGGAUCGGUCACAACCUCUCCCUGCCGGCAGUCGUGUCGGCGAUGCUGAGCAGGGACUCCGCGUGGAGGACCGUAGCCACCUUCUGUGAAUCCGUUAUGAUCCAGAAGGAGGCUGCUGAGCGGUGUCGGGAGAGGACAGACCCCGCUCGAAGACGACGCCGCCAAGGCGUUCGUCAGGGCCCUCCCCUUGAUGAUGGUGUUCCCCUACCAGAAACGGAGCCUCGGGGGUUACGGGCACUCGGGGCGGGGACCCCGAGCGUCUAGUGAUGUAACACCUGAGGAGGACAGUGACUUGAAAGUGGUCUCGAGCACCGUGAUAGCAUUGCGAGGGUGCUGGGGGUAGUAAGGACUGCCCCCGGGACGUGCUUUAACAGAGCAAAGCGUGAGGGGGGCUCCGGUUGCGUUCCGAACGGAGAUCCCGGGACUCCUCAUAUACGCUGAUGGAGACCUCCGUGGGGUUUUGGCCGGUAGGAGUCCGGCAUAACCUUUCCGUUGCCCCCGCAACAGAAGGUAUCCAUGAGGAUUUCCCCACGAUACUAAAAAAUGGAUGCUUAGUGAGCAAUUAAAAGGAUUCAGAUAUAUCAUAUUUUGAGUUACCGAAGGAUAAUGAAAGGUAAAUUUAUUUCAUUUUUUGUUAGAUAGGUACUUAUAGCGAAAAAAUAAUUAAGUAAUAAUUUAACUUCAGAAGUAAUACCUAAGUACUUUAUUACAAAACUUAGUUGAAAUUUACUUCACUACCCAAGUACCUACUUACAUAUCUAUAGUCGUCUUUGUAAUUAAAUAUUUUAAGUUAUAAUAGCACAAAAUAUUGAAAUUAAAACUUUGUUUACAAGAUUUUCAACUAAGUAGAUUAGGAUAAUAUUUCUGUUAGGAAUUGUAUUUCGUGUUUAUUUGUUAUUUACGCUAUCUACCUAUACGAAACAAGCACCGCGAUUCCCGACGAAUGGCCUUGCAAGUUGCUUGCGUUGGGCAUCACAGAACUCACAUAGUAGAUAAUAUGGUCGAUUAUAAUCGACCAUAUUAUCUACUAUGUGACUAUAGUCAGCACAGGUACUUUACCUAAGUAACUUACCAUUUCACAAUGUAUUUUUUUACCUUUUAUUAACAGCCCUUAGCAACCAAGGAAAUUCCGUUGUGACGUAGUAAGGAGAAAAGAUGCAACGUAAUACGGCCACUCGCUCGCAGCGAUAAAGUUUUAUUUAGCUUGCGUGCGCGAUUUAUCUUAUUAAUAAUAACUAUGUAGGCUAUUAAAACGUCGGCAAGCAUUCAACAUCAAAAGAGUGCAACUUCUGUACGUAGUACUAUUACUUAUUCUGUUGUCUAGGUAGGUACCACCGUCCUAUAUACUUUGCCUCCAAAUAGCUUUGCUUGCACAGCUGUUGCAGCCUCCUAUAGUAAAAAAGAAAAACAGUAUAAUUGCACACUAAGAGGCAUUCCAUCUUAGUCUUCAGAGGUGUCAAUGUGAGAGGUGUCAAAAUAAGCUCGGUCAUUUUUUUCGAGUUUUAAAAAAAAUAUACUUAGAUACAAAUUAGAUGCGUUGAUAAAGGGCUCCCAAUAGUAGUUUUUAUCACAAAAGGAGGAACUUGAAAAAAGUCGGGAAUAAAUAAUCGGACAUCUGGACUCGAACCGGGAGUUUUCUGGUUUCUGGUCCACCCGAUUUCCCACCUGAGCUAUUGUAGAUUAGUGGCGAAAUUUACCUUCGUAUUCUAAUGAUAUUGUAGCAGUUUUUCAUUGCCCUAAAACACGGAUAAAAUGACAUUUUCUAAAAAUGAAUCCUAGCGAGAUCGAUUUAUCGCCCCCGAAAACCCCCCUGCAUACUAAAUUUCAUGAAAAUCGUUAGAAAACCGUUUCCGAGAUUCCGAUUAUAUAUAUAAGAAUUGCUCGUUUAAAGAUUAUGUAAUUUGCAAGUCAAAUGUUAAUGAUUGCAAUCUCUCAUUGAGUACAAAGUCGAAGUAACUGUCAUAACUUUGUUACAGAAUUGGACCAGCUAACUGGUAUAGCUGCGAUAUUACGUUUUCCGAUGCCAGAGCUUGAAGACAGCGACUUGGAGGGAGACAGUGACGUAGAGUCAGAUUGAUUGUUUGAAAAAUAUGUGUUAUAACUUAUAAUAUUGUUUAUAUGUUAUCAAUUAAAAUAUAAUAUUAUGCUCAUUAGUUCUAAAUGUUUUGCACUUGCUGCCAUUCUAUGAAUCUAAAAAAAUCCUAAUUUGGCUUGUUAUUAAUAUUGUUUUUGAGCUGGACUUCUACCAGAAGUAAGUUAAAUAAUUUAUUUCAUGUAUAUAAAUAGUAAAUACUAUUUUAUAAGAAUAAAGCAUUAAGUUGUAUGCUGCAUUUU